ACGUCACAUCCUGCUCCAACAACAAAAGGCGCGAUUCACUCUUCACAAAAAUCCUCCUCGUUUACUCCUCACACGCUUCUGCACAGAAAGAGCAUCGCUACUUUUAGAGUUGAAAGAAACCAAGAUGGAGGAAGAGAUGGCGGAUCAGCGCAGAUUGCUGGAUUUCACCCGGAUACCGAGGAUAAUCUUACACCGAAUAGAUCUCCGACAUUGUUCUGUGUGUAAAGACGACGGGACUUUCAAUGACCUCAGCAACCAGGAGGGGAAGUUCCCUUUAAAACAAGAGGAACCAGAACCUCUGCAAAUAAAACAGGAGCAAGAAGAGCCAGAACAUCAACAGUUAAAAGAGGAAGAGUUAAAAGAGCAGCUCUGCAUCAGUCAGGAUGAAGAGCAGCUUAUGCUGAAACAGGAGACUUCUACUGUGCAAAUAAUGCAUAAUGAACCAGAGCCACAGAUGAACCAGCUCAUCUCUCAUGGCUCUUCUGAAGAUCAGUGCUGUGUGUGUAAAGAGGAAGGGGUUCUCAAUGACCUCAGCAACCAGGAGGGGAACUUCCCUUUAAAACAAGAGGAACCAGAACCUCUGGAGAUGAAAGAGGAACCAGAACCUCUGGAGAUGAAAGAGGAACCAGAACCUCUGGAGAUGAAACAGGAGCAAGAAGAGCCCGAACAUCAACUCAAAGAGGAAAAGAAGCAGCUCUGCAUCAGUCAGGAUGAAGAGCAGCUUGUGCUGAAACAGGAAACUGAUGACAUUUUAUUGAAUCCUUCUACUGUGCACAGAAUCCGCAAUGAAACAGAACCACAGAGGACCCAACUCAUCUCUCAUGGCUCUUCUGAAAAUGAGAACCAGGAUCAGGAAGGAUGCAAUUCUGAGGACUCAGGAGAAAAGAGAGAUGAAAAUCAGAAACCUCAGAGAUAUCAGAAAACCAAACAGCAAAAAGGUAAAACUGAGAGUUCAAAAGGUAAAACUCAGAGUUCAAAAGAGAAAACACAGAAGAAAGUUCAUCCAGACCAAAAACAAUAUUCUUGUAAAAUCUGUGAUGAAGCCUUUUCUCAAAGCAGUUCCUUGAUGACACACAUGAGAACUCACACCGACAAGAAACCUUUCACAUGUUUAAGCUGUGGAAAAGGUUUCCGUUACAAAUCAACUGUACUUCAUCACAUGAAGAUUCACACAGGAGAGAAGCCUUUUUUAUGUGUGACUUGUGGAAAAAGUUUCAUAACCAAAGCUGAUUUACUUCGUCACAUGAAGAUUCACACAGAUGAGAGGCCUUUCUCAUGUGUGACUUGUGGAAAAGGAUUCCGGACCAAGCCUGAUUUACUUCGUCACAUGAAGAUUCACACAGAUGAGAGGCCUUUUUCAUGUGGAACCUGUGGAAAAGGAUUCCGGUCCAAGCCUAAGUUACUUCGUCACAUGAAGAUUCACACAGAUGAGAGGCCUUUCUCAUGUGUGACCUGUGGAAAAGGAUUCCGGACCAAGCCUGAUUUACUUCGUCACAUGAAGAUUCACACAGAUGAGAGGCCUUUUUCAUGUGGAACCUGUGGAAAAGGAUUCCGGUCCAAGCCUAAGUUACUUCGUCACAUGAAGAUUCACACAGAUGAGAGGCCUUUCUCAUGUGUGACCUGUGGAAAAGGAUUCCGGGCCAAGCCUGAGUUACUUCGUCACAUGAAGAUUCACACAGAUGAGAGGCCUUUCUCAUGUGUGACCUGUGGAAAAGGAUUCCGGGCCAAGCCUGAUUUACUUUCUCACAUGAAGAUUCACACAGAUGAGAGGCCUUUCUCAUGUGUGACCUGUGGAAAAAGUUUCAGAUACAGAAGUUGUUUAUAUCGUCACAUGAUGAUACAUACUAAUAAGAAGCCUUUCUCAUGUGUGACCUGUGGAAAAGAAUUCCGGGCCAAGCCUGGUUUACUUCGUCACAUGAAGAUUCACACAGAUGAGAGGCCUUUCUCAUGUGUGACCUGUGGAAAAGGAUUCCGGGCCAAGCCUGAGUUACUUCGUCACAUGAAGAUUCACACAGACGAGAGGCCUUUCUCAUGUGUGACCUGUGGAAAAGGAUUCCGGGCCAAGCCUGAGUUACUUCGUCACAUGAAGAUUCACACAGAUGAGAGGCCUUUCUCAUGUGUGACCUGUGGAAAAGGAUUCCGGGCCAAGCCUGAGUUACUUCGUCACAUGAAGAUUCACACAGACGAGAGGCCUUUCUCAUGUGUGACCUGUGGAAAAGGAUUCCGGGCCAAGCCUGAGUUACUUCGUCACAUGAAGAUUCACACAGACGAGAGGCCUUUCUCAUGUGUGACCUGUGGAAAAGGAUUCCGGGCCAAGCCUGAGUUACUUCGUCACAUGAAGAUUCACACAGACGAGAGGCCUUUCUCAUGUGUGACCUGUGGAAAAUGUUUCUAUCGACAAUGCAUUCUAACUAAUCACAUGAGAAUUCAUACAGGUGAGAUGCCUUUCAAAUGUGCAAGCUGCGGAAAAAGUUUCAUAUACAGAAGUUAUUUAUAUCGUCACAUGAUGAUACAUACUAAUGAGAAGCCUUACUCUUGUGUGACUUGUGGAAAAAGUUUUCGUCAAAAAAGCUCUUUAACUAGUCACUUGUGGACUCAUACAGAUGAAAGGCCUUUUUCAUGUGGGACCUGUGGAAAAAUUUACAAAAACAGAAAGAGUUUAAUUGGACACAUGCAGACACAUACUAGUGAGAAGCUUUUCUCUUGUGGGACCUGUGGAAAAAGGUUCAGUCAAAAAAAGCAUUUAACUUCUCACAUGUGGACUCAUACAAGUGAGAAACCAUUCUUUUGUUGAACCUGUGGAAAAAGUUUCUGUGGAAAAAGUUAUUUAAAUGAUCAUAUGAGGACUCAUACAGGUGAAAAGCCUUUCUCUUGUGGGACCUGUGGAAAGCGAUUCCACAUAAAAAGCAUUUAAACUUUUCACAUGAGGAUUCAUACAGAUGAGAAGCCACUUUAUUGUGGAUUUUGUGGAAUAAGUUUCCGUUAUCAAGGCAAAUUGACUAGUCACAUGAGGACUCACGCAGGUCAGAAUCCUUUCUUAUGUGGGUUUUGUGGAAAAGACUUCCGUUAUCAGAGCAAUUUAACUGUUCACAUGAAGACUCAUACAGGAGGAACGGCAUAAUCUGACUCUCAAGUACCAAAACAUAAUCUGAAGUACCAAAACACAAUAACUCACAGUUUGGAAGCAGAGUAAUUACAGCUGAGUAACAUUUCUAUAAUGUAGCAGCUUGGAGAAGAAAAGCAUUUGAAAUCGGAUGUUUAACUAAGAAACAAAACUUUCACUCUAUUCUGUCGGUUUUAUCUUCUUAUUUUUUUUUGUCUAGUGAGACAUUAGUAGUCUGUUUAUCUCUAAGUAACAAUGGAUUUAAAUGUUUUCAGAUUUAGACUUAUAAAGCUGUUAUGUAGAUUGAUUGUACAAUAUUUCAUUAAUUUUGGUCAGAGGAUGCAUGUUACUUGUUACUAUAUGAACUGUUGGCGUAGGUAUAUUUAGAUAAAUUUUUAUUCUAAAGUUGAAUAUAAAUAUGUAUUACUUUUUCAUUACUUUCUCUUAAGUUUUUGAUUCAGGGAGAAAAUACUGUUGAUCAUAUGAUGGCAACAAUACAGAUGUUGCUAAGUUUUGCUAACAUAGUUAGCGUAAUGUAGGUUUCAUCAUAAUAUGGCUAUGAUGAAACCUGAGAUGUUUUCCCUUUUUUUGUUAAAACAUCUACAUUGACUUUAUUCUUGCUAAGUUUACUGUAAACUGAAGUAUUUUUUUUCAUUCAUUUGACUUUUAUUUUAUCUGUAACACAUUAUUUGUUUGAGAAGGUUUUAUUUUUUACGAUGUUAGAAAAUUCAUUGUUAUAGAUUCAAUUUCAGAUAGAAAUGUGACCAGCAAAAACUGUUUCUAUAUC